GGUUUUAGGGUUGUAUCAUCAAUAUAAAGGCAAUGAUAUAGCAGCAGCUAGGUUUAAGGGCCUAAAAUAUACAUUUUCAGUACUCUCUAGAGGCUGUUCUUGAGUGACACGAAAAGGGGAGCUAAAUGAAAAUUUAUGAGUACUAAUUCAACUAUGUAAGCCCACUUUUAUCUCAGAAAUUGUUGUGUGGACAUGACAUCUUGAAGACUAACAUAGAAACAGUGCUGCUAAGCCUUGUAUGAUGCUGUCAAGGCUGGAUUAAGGUGUCCAAAAUUGUUCCAGAGGUUCAAAGUGCUAGGAGAAGGUUAAAGCAAGUUUGAUAUACUUAUUUACAUCUACUAAACUCAGGUCAAUAAGGUUCAAACAGACUAAUUUUGGUUCACUAAAGCCUUUUUGGAGUCAAGUAAAAACAUUCAGAAAAAGUUCAGAAAGUGGCAAAAAUAGGUACUUGAAGCAAAGUGGAGCAAACGCUGGACCUUGAAGCAAUUAAAAAAAAUUGAAGUUGCUUAAGGACCAUUUAAAUUGUGCUUUAGACUUUGAUCAACCCGAUGAUAACUCUUUAUCACAACGCCAUCGAGAAAAUCUUAUCUGUUCCAGAAUUUUUUGAAGCCAUUGUUGAACCCGGUGAUGAUGAAAUAACAGUUAUUGGAAAGUGCCAUCCUGUAGAAAUAGUGAGGAAAUUGGGAAAAUAUUGGCAUACAGAGCUAAUCUCAGUCGAAAAUGGAGACAAGAAGCUUCCGACACCACCAUUUCGCCUGAAGAUGGUCAUCAAAUUAUCUGCGGAUGGUAAGGCUCGCUCCACAGCUUUGAAGAUUGCAGUUGGUAUAUCAGGAGUGGAUUUCGUAGGUUUGCACGGGGAUUGCAAGGAUCACAUGGUGGUUAUUGGAGUCGGGGAGGAUGCGAUUGGGCUCGUGACAUGGCUGAGGAAGAGUAAGAAACUGGGCUACGCCGAGCUGAUAAGUAUAGUUGGACUGAGCUCUCCAAAAAAAAAAAAGUAUAGUUGGACUGAAAUAAGGUGCGAAGAAAGCUAGAAGGAAAUUUAAGUGCCUCAAUCUAGUUUCUUUCUUUACAGCAAAAGGUUGAUGGUUUACAAUCUGGAAAAUUUGUUAAAUUUUCGUCAUUAGUGUUCAACACUUGUUUUUGGAGAUUAUUGUUUCAAAAUUUUCAAUUUAACUGCCCUCGUCACUUCAGCGUA